UAGCGAAGCAAGGGGCAGGGCUUCCAACAACAACAACAACAAGCAAGGGGCAGGGAGCGCGGGAAGAAGAAUUUGAUUUAUCUCUUUGUGUUGCUUUAUGCAUCUAUUGCAUCAGUCCUUCGUGAAGGGAAAUUGAAUAGGGACACAGUCAAUAGACAGGUUUGAGGUCCACCAAUAACAGCACUCAGCAGGAUUAUGGAUUUGGAUCUGGAUGACCGAGUCGCCUUUGGCAAGUUGCAAACAAUUAAUGAGAUCAGACGGGGCCAGCUGCAGUUGGAGCGGGUGCGCCAGCGCCUGCUGACCGAGCUCGAGGUGUCGGACGCCGAGGGCCGCUCGCUGCUCGAGUAUCGCCGUGAGAUGGAUCUGCUGCUUCAGGAGAAAAUGGCACACGUGGAAGAGCUGAGACAGAUCCAUGCUGACAUGAAUGCCAUUGAGGAGGUGGUGAAGCAGUCUGAGGAGGCCCGCAGUCGCAGUCUGGAGUCCGCGCGUCGUCUACACGCCGAGUACCGGCCGCUGAAGGGACAGCUGGACCGUAUGCGGCAGCAGCUCGGACUGGCGCCGCUGGUGGACAUCGCUGACCUCGAGCCUGACCUACCCGUCAACGAACUGCUGGAGCAGGGCAGUCAGCAGGCGGAGCAGCCGCCGGCUCCGGGUCGCUCCGGGCCCGCCGAGCGUCCGGAGACCGGACUGCACUCGGUGGUGGGCUCCGGCUCCGGCCCCGGCUCUGGCCCCGGCUCCGGCGGCUCGUACGGCGGCCUGUCGGGCGGUCAGCCGCACAGGGUGAUGGUACUGGCCAAACCGGAGGCUCGCUCCUCGCAGAUGGUCGCCGGAGGGCCGUCACCGACUCCGUUCAGGCAGCAGCCGCCGCCCAUGAAGUCGUGUCUGUCGUGCCACCAGCAGAUUCACCGUAACGCGCCCAUUUGCCCGCUCUGUAAGGCCAAGUCGCGCAGCCGCAACCCCAAGAAACCCAAAAAGAAGGAUUAGGACAGCUCUGAGAACACCGAGCAUCAGGACCACCGUAGGAGAACAGGGAGAGGGGCCAUUACCUCAGACACAUCAGCAAAGUAAAUGUGCGUUUACUUACCCAUGUAGCUGAGGCAUAGGUGGAGCUUUUCCAGGGAAGUUGGUGGGGCAAAAAGUCGUCAAACCCACAAUUUCCGAUUAUAAAGUUGAAUGAAAUGCCACACUGAAUCAAUUCCUAUCAUUACAGACAUAUUAUUUUGCAUUAAACAGACAUUUCAAGCUCUUCAAUGCGAAAAAGAUUAAUUUGCGAAACAACAAAGUCUUAGAAAUCACCAAAAGUUGGUGGGGCAAAACGCUCAUUGGUGGGGCAAAAUACAAAGUUGGUGGGGCAGCCGCCCCACCAACUGUAUAGGAAGCUCCGCCCCUGAGCUGAGGUAUAUGACGACUCCUUAAUUCCAAUGCGGACAGGGUGGUGUCUGUCAGUGCAAAUCUUUUGCACUAACUAGUUUUGAUUAUUCGGAAGUUAUUGUUUUCUUAUAACAAUGAAGAGACGAUUUUUUCGUGCGGCUGAUGUACAAUUCAUGACUGAAAGACCCCUCACGCUUUGCAUUUGAUGUGUCGUGGAUGACCUAACAGUUUUAAGAACAUGGAGUUAGUUUGGUUCAUUUUACAGCAGUGUUCUUUUUCCCAUCUGUCAUGGACCGAUUUGCCAAGCACAUUCCAUCAGUGAUUUUUUUCUGGCAUGUUUUUAGAAUGGGAAAAGUACUUCUGACGUGGAUGUAGGUUCUGAAGACCCUUUUACUCUAUUUAGUGUUCGGAACAGCCCGAGUUGUGCUCUUAUGAAGCAUCCUGGCAUGGCUAGCCAUUGGUUAUCAGUAUUAUUUUACAAUUUACUGAUAUUUUUCUCAUCUACAACUGUGAUCUCUUUGAGUCUCAGUUCAGAAUAUUUUUCGCUUUGAUUUUAUAUCUUUUUGUGCUUUUGUGUUUCUCGUGCUGAUUUGAAUUUUAGUUGCACAUGUAUAAUACUCUCAUAUUACUAUUUUUGCUGUUCUUUGAUACAGCAGGGAUAACUUUCAUAAUCACAAUGUUUUCUCUUGCAUGAAGCUACUUGAAGUUGCGAAUUUUUAUCCAGCUGGUCUUAUUUCGAUGUAAGUGUAAAACUGUUUUCAAUCGACUUCAUUGACUCCUGAGAACACCUUGUUACCUUGUAUGUAAAAUUUGUCGAGAUAGCCGCUGUAUGUCUUUGUCGUCAGUUUGCAGAUGUCGCCAUUGUCUGUGAUGCUCGUCCUGUGCCAUUUAGAUGGACUGUUCCGUGGCACCCUAAGCUCCUUUAUACGUUAAGUCUCCUUUAAGUCUCUACUUAAAGGAGACUUACUAAAGGAGACUUUUACUCCUUUAAGUCUCUAGCUCUUGAUGGUUAGUGACGGGAGCCCCAUUGACCUUUUCAACCCACGUGUUGUCUCCCUAGCUGCUCAGAGGUAGCUUGUAUGUGUCACAGGAUCAGAUCCGAAGGUACCAGCCAGUGGUAUUGCGUGUGCCAAAUUGUUUCAUCGUCUUUUUAUGAUCGUGCCAAUGCGAGCUACUGCCCUCUGGCCGGCUUUCGUCGCCAGUGGCGGGUGAUAGACUUCCUAAUGUGCCAAAGUAUACCUCUAACUCGGCUCACAAAUGAUACUUUGUGCCGACGUUAGCUGAGCUCAACUUGUUUGCGAAAGCUGUUGUUUCCCUUAUCCUUUUUAACGAUGUCACAGUUGCGUGGUUGUUCUUAUUACUGUGAUCACUCUUUGCUUGUGAAAUGUUCUGUGUCUUGUAAAGCUCUUAGGGAUCGAUCUCCAAUUUCUGCCAUAUCGUUUGCCAUAUUGUCCUGUAGUAGUUGACCGUGCUGCUCGGGGAAGAUCAGUAUUAUUUGCGCACUUCUCGUCGGUUUCGUGUUCCCCAGUAUUACACACGUGUAGUAUUCUCUCUCCUGCUAUGACUCUACUAGCAGUGUAUAUAUGAGGAUCGAGGAGGGUCUGUAAUGUAUCCCUUAUUUUACGGGAACAUACCUCGCCAGUUUGUCGUACUACAUCAGCUGUCUUGCAAUCGCCCGGACCGGCCCCCACUGUACUCUGGCGGGUAGGACGGGCGACCGACCUCAUUUCAAUCUGACCUCGAUUCUGCGUGCACCCCGUGUGCUCCUACUCUUGCGUGGAUGUGUGUGCGUGUGUUUGUGUGUUCUAAUGAUGUUUGCAUGUUAAGUCAAUGGACAGAGCCCCACCCCAGUUCAGCCUAUCGUGUGAUUCCACAUUGCGUGCUAUCGAGAGAUGUUCCUCGCAGGUGACCCGGUUAGUUGAAUCGCUGUUCAACCGUUCCAUUCCAUCCGUGGCAUUGUGAAGUCAGAGACCAGGCCGAUUCUGUUGUACUCUGUACCUUUUGUGACCUUCCGUAUCGGACCGGACACGGAACGACAUUAUUCAUUUCUGCCAUCUACGCCGUGUAGUCAAGCGAUUAUUUGUGGAACCUUUUAUUGUUCUCUUUUCAACAGGAUUAGCUGUAUGUAAUGAAGCAAGUGCAUAUGUGGCGUAUUGACCGUCGUGUGUUUUCUCUAUGGUGUUUUUAGCCUCCAAUGUUGUGAAGUUUCGAUGUACGCUCAAGUUUUGUAGAUGCUUCCAGUUGCGCCGAUGAUUCCAUUUUUAUAGACGUCUUCUAGAGAAGUGUAGAUCGUUUGUACAAAAUUAUGUCAUUGAUGUUGUGUAUCAAGCAACUGACUGUUUUCUUGUCGGAAGGAUAUAACCUGUUGCCAUGAGCCAUUUCCGGUGACACCGCGCACCAGUUUGUUUAGGGUUGUGUUAGGGCCAGUUUGAUUUGUAGUUCCUACGGAGAAACGCCCUAUGGCGUCAUUCCUAUGCCAUGAGCUUUAGCAUCAUUGACGUUUGUAUUACGUGCCAAGUAGUGAAUAAAAUAUUUCUUUGGAA